AUGUGCCGCCUGAGCGUUAAUCUCCUCGAGACCGUUCGCACGGGCGAUAGGGUCGAGCUCGUGCUCAAGACCGCGGACAUGUACGGCAACUUGCGUUUGGAGGGCGAGGACGAGGUGUCGAUAGAGGUCACCGGUCCGAACGGCGUCAAGGCGCGGGACGCGCGCGUGCUCGACAACGUCGACGGGACGUACGGGUUAGAGUUCGUCGCCCCGACCGCGGGGCGGUGGAACAUACUCGUCAUGGUGAACGGCGAGCCC